AUGUUUUCGAUGACAACCAGCACCUCGUCUCUUUUGGGCAAACAGCUUUCCUCGUCGUCCUCGAAGCACCUCACGAAGGAACAACCGAAACGACACGAUAAAAUCAACGUCAAAGUCGCCGCGAUGUCGAACGUUUCCCGAAAUCCAAACAUGGCGCAACUUCGCGCGGGAUAUUUGUUCCCGGAAAUCGCGCGGAUCCGCAACGCGCACUUGGAGAAAAACCCGGACGCGAAGAUUAUUAGUUUAGGGAUCGGGGAUACGACCGAACCAAUCCCAGCGCCGAUCGUGUCGGGCAUGGCCAACGCGGCUUUGGCGUUAGGUACGGUCGCCGGGUACGAAAAGACCGGCGGUUACGGCUCCGAGGCUGGACAACAACCUCUGAGAGACCUCAUCGUGAAGCGCUUUUACAGCGAGAAGACGAAGAUAAACGCGAGUGAGAUUUUCGUUUCGGACGGGUCGAAGUGCGACAUUUCGAGAAUGCAACAAAUGUUUGGUCCGGGGAGAAAAGUUGCGGUGCAAGAUCCGGCGUAUCCAGCGUACGUGGAUUCGUCUGUCAUCAACGGGCACUGCACGGGCUACGACGAAAAAACGAAACGAUACGAAAACAUCGUCUACAUGGAGUGCGUGCCGGGCAACGACUUUUUUCCAAACUUGGAAGCUGCGAAGGACGCGGACAUCAUCUUCUUUUGCUCGCCAAAUAACCCGACUGGGGCGGCGGCGACUAGAGCGCAAUGCAAAGAGUUGGUCGAUUUCGCGAACAAGAACGGUCAAAUUGUCAUUUACGAUGCGGCGUAUGCGUUUUACAUCGAAAAUCCGGAUUGUCCAAAGACGAUUUACGAAAUUGAAGGCUCGGAGACGUGUUGCAUCGAGAGUUGCUCGUUCUCCAAGUACGCCGGAUUCACGGGUUUGCGAUUAGGCUGGACGGUCGUUCCGGAAGCGUUGAAGUUUGCGGACGGUUCUUCAGUCAGAUUCGACUGGAACAGGUGCAUGUGCACGGCCUUCAACGGUGCCUCCAACGUCGCGCAAGGCGGCGGCUUGGCGGCGUUGUCCGACGAAGGGUGGAAGUCUAUGCAAGAAACGGUCGGUUUCUAUAAGGAAAAUGCGAAAAUGUUGAAGAAGACGUUCGAAGAGUUGGGUUUUAAAGUGUAUGGAGCCGUCGAUGCGCCGUACGUGUGGGUCGACUUUGACGGAAGAGACUCGUGGGAAGUCUUCACGGAAAUUUUGACCAAGACGGAUAUCGUCACCACACCGGGCGCUGGUUUUGGGCCAACCGGGGAUGGUUUCGUCCGCAUGUCCGCGUUUUGCCACAGAGACAACUUGGAAACUGCGAUUGAGCGUUUGAAGAAGGAGUUCGCGAAGUAA